AUCAUCGCAAACAUCAGAAGAAUUCAUCUGGAAAAACAGCACUCAGGUCCACUAUUGCUCAAUAAUGCUGCACGCUUAUUAGGCAAACUUUCCGCGGACGCGCUUGAGGAUCAGAGCGUUUUUUUUUGAGUCCUUGAAGGAAAUAUGAUGCUAAAUUUACACCAGAGUCUCCGUAAAGAGUGAAUAAUCCACCGGCAGUACUUCAUCCAGGACCACCGUCUUCCAGCAUGUUCACUGUGACUGUAGUAUUUCUGCUCGUGGGGGAAGCUUUGUCUAGUCGGGACACAUGUCCCUCGGGAGCAUUUACAACCAGGGGAGAGUGCUGCAAACAAUGCCAGCCUGGGGAAGGGAUGGUGAAGCCCUGCGGAGCGACGCAGACAGUGUGUGAACCGUGUCUUGACAGUGAGACGUUCUCGGAGAACUUCAGCCAUAAAGACAAGUGCCUGCCUUGCACACAGUGUUCUGAGCUGAUGCGCAUGCUGACGCCCUGCACGGAUGCCAAUGAUGCCUUGUGUGUCUGCGACUACGGCUUCUUCCUCAACCAACUAAGCGGCCGUUGCGAGGCCUGCACCGUGUGUCCUGUAGGCCAGGGUGUGCAGGUGCCCUGUAAUUUUGAGCGAGAUACAGUGUGCGAAAAGUGCGAGGAUGACACGUAUUCGGAUCAGGACACCUCUUUUGACCCCUGCCUGCCAUGCACAGUGUGCGAUCAGCCCGAGAUGGAGGUGAAAAGCUGCACUCCUGUCAGUGACGCUGUCUGUCAAGAUUUCGAUGCUCCUAACAGCUCUCCUUCUCCUUCUGCUCCUCCUCCUACUCCAUAUUUCACACCUUCACCUUCAAUACAUAAAUUUUCUUCUCCUGGUCCAUCAGUUGUCUCGUAUACAGAGAAGCUUUUACCGGACAAUCCUACGGAGAGCGUGACCACGACUGACCCUGGGCAAAAGAGACUACAUGGGCUUAGCGACAACCUCAUUCCCAUCUACACCUCCAUACUGGCUGCGGUGCUGUUGGGCCUGGUGGCCUUCAUCAUAUUUAAACGGUGGAACAGUUGUAAGCAGAAUAAGCAAGCCAAUAACCGAGCGUGCAGCGCAAACCCCAGUCAGACUCCUUCUCCUGAGGGAGAGAAACUCCACAGUGACAGCGGCAUCUCAGUGGACAGUCAGAGCCUGCAGGACGGCCAGGGGCCUCCACAUACAGUGGUCAAGAUAGAUGGAGGUUCGGCUCUGUCUUUGCCCUUACACACACGGGAGGAGGUGGAGAAACUGCUAAAUCGUACCAAUGAAGGAGAGGAGUCAGCAGCCAAUGAGGAGACCGACUGGUGCAGCCUAGCCGGGCUACUUGGAUACAAAGAAGAACACAUUGCUAAUUUCAAGCAGGAGGAACGGCCCAUCCAGGCACUUCUGUCGCACUGGGCGAGCCAAGAUUCGGCUAACAUUGAUACGCUUUGCACAGCUCUGAAGAAGAUCAACAGAGAGGAUAUUGCGCAAAGCAUCAUUGUCAAACCAACUGCCACAUCUGCCGUAUGA